UUGAUCCCUCUGUUUUUCAUCAUUGGAUCUGGAGGCGUUGGUGCAGCCCUGUAUCUCAUGCGUUUGGCAGUGUUCAACCCUGAUGUCUGCUGGGACAAGAAAAAUAAUCCAGAACCUUGGAACAAACUAUCUCCCAGUGACCAGUACAAGUUCUACUCGGUUAAUGUAGACUACAGUAGGCUGAAAAAGGACCGUCCUGACUUCUGAAGAACACACUCAUCUCUGUAAGCUGCACAGAAAGGUCUUCCGGAAGCCGUCCGCACAAUUGUCAUGCUUAAUCAUCCAGGAAAUAAUCAAACUUGCCUCACGCUGCACUUGGUCAUGUGUUUGGAAGUUUUUUGAUGAGGCUUAAUAAAUGUCUGAAA